GAGCACUAAACAAAAAAAGAGGAAGAAGUUCAGAGGUGACAGAGGUGUGAGAUUGUUUAGUAAAUCGUGAUUCCGGAUGCCAGAUGUGGUUGCCGAGAAGCCCACCACUUAUCGCCCAGCGGGUGGCAAUCGACCCUCGAUUGCACCGCACAACUCGGCCCAAGAGCGUGAACGUAAGUUGAUGAAUGUGCUUGCCGCUCGACGUUCUGCGCUGCAUCGUGGUGGCUUUCGCACCCGUAUUGGCACCACUGGACGCAGUGCCACUUCGCCAGCUGCUGCUGCUGUGGAGAGCACCUCGAAAUCGCCGAGCGAUCCGCGUUCCGUUUGCAUACGCAAUUGCACUAAGAACUUUACGCGUCGCACCACAGCGAGUUGCAUGCGACAAUGCGCCAACUUUACCCGCAUGGCCAUGGCGAACAGCAACAGCAGCACAGUGGUGCUGCGCACGCCCAGCAAACCAAGUCCAGCUGCUCCCGGUGAACGUGAUACCAACGAGAUACUCUUUAGCGAUGAGUCGUCGCAUGGUCUCUUUGUGGUUGCCAAGGAGCAGAACGAUACGUUAAAUCACAUAGCUGACGGUGCCAAGUCAGCGCCUGGCAGCAAACAGCGUGGGCGGGGAAAGCCAGCGGCUACGGUCACACUGGCAACCACCUCGUUGGAGCAGGAGGAGGACGAUGACGAGGAUGAGCUGCAGCCUUAUCUGUAUUUCGGUGCCAAGUUGCCGCCACUGAAACCGGGUGCUUUAACAAUCACCGCAGCUGAUGGCGACAACGAGCAUCCGCGUGUGCUGGAGGUGUCGGUGGUGCAGAGCACAACCACAACGCCAGCGCCCGCUGUGGAGUCCACGGUCAAGCCCACAGUGUCGACGCGACGCCCGCUGACAGCCGUGGAGCGAAGUCGCAGUCGCUACAAGUAUCACAUGCGUGAGCGUGGUGUGGCAGCCGUUGCACCACCACCAGCUGUUGCAGCUGCACCACCCGUCAGUCGCACACGCUACUUGGGUUCGGGACGACCCACAGCGGCUCAAGUGGAGAGCUCUGUGGAGCAAAAGCCACUCGAAAGUGAACCAGAAGUGAUCAAGCCUGUGGUUGUGCGUCGCUUGGCUAGCAAACCGUUGGCUUCCUCCACACCACUGAUCAUCACAGUGCUGAGCGCCGAGGAGGAAACCACAGUGGCGCAAGCGCUGCCGGAGAUGCAACCAGAGCUGGUAACAGAGCGUGCCACCAGCAGCAGCAGCACGAGCACCACAACAACCAGCACCACAACAACAGCAGCGACCACUAGCACCACCAGGAAGCCAAGCAGCACUUCAUCCACAACGACAACCACAAUUACGCAGCCCACAUCUACAACCACAACAAGCAGCACAACGACAACCCCUUCGACAACCACAAGCACAACGACAUCGACAACUCCCUCGACAACCAGAAGCACAAGCACAUCGACAAUCACCACAACGACAACCACUACACCCAGCAGCACCACAACAACUACCGCUAGCAGCACUGUCAAGCAGAAGAGCAUCAUCGAAGAAGACACCGAAAAACUGCGUGCCUUGGGUCCAUCGCUAACGCAGGAGAUCAACAUCGAGGAUCAGAACAAUCUGAUCAUCUUCUGCAACAGCACCGCCAACUGUGAGGCAACGCCACGCACUCAGCUGUCGCCCACCACCGACUCGAGUUCGAAUUCGAAAAUACUGCGCACCACUGUGCUGACUUCUGUGCGUUCCACGGUGAAUCCACGACCCACAACAGCAGCACCAGCGCCGCCAUCUGCGUUGCCAGGCAACAUUUUCAUUGGCGUUGUGGAAUCUUCGACAUCAACGCCUUCGGAUAUUAGUUCCACGGCGAUUGCAGAUGAACGUGAUGCCAAGCUGGACAUGCGACGCAUGAAUUUGAUUACUUUGGUGCUGGUGGCAGUGGGCGUGGUUCCUCUAGUGGCCAUUGUGCUCUACUUGGUACGCAAUUACAUGGUGCGACGACAGGCGAAGCAGGACGAGGUCUUUGACGUUUGCAUCACAGAUCAGCAGCCCAUAAGUCCGGUGAAGAAAGUGGACUCGAAAUAUCAGCUGGAACUCGAUGAAGACGAGGUGGAUCAUCAUCAUCAGCAGGCCAUGCCCAUGUCCAUAUCGCAGCAACAACAGCAGCAACAGCAACCAUCACGCGAUGCCAAUCACAAUCGCUAUGAUGACAAGACUUCCCUGGCCAGCGAGUAUCAGGAGUUUGAGCGCAGCAAUAUACGGUUAAAAAGUCUGCUCGGUGAGGGCAACUUUGGGCAAGUGUGGAAAGCUGAGGCUGAUGAUCUAAGCGGACAUUUUGGUGCCACACGUAUUGUGGCCGUGAAGACAAUACGCGCUUGCAGCGCUCAAGUGAGCCUCAAGGAUGAGGCCAACAUUAUGCGCAAACUGGGAUCGCAUCAGAAUGUGGUUACAUUGCUAGGCGCCUGCGUCGAAAGCGAACCUCACAUGCUGAUCAUGGAGUAUGCCAUGCGAGGACGUUUGUUGUCUUUGCUGCGUGCCGCACGCAGCGCCACAAACAUUCUGCCUGCCUCAGUGCCAGGUGGACGCAGCUUGGCUCCACUUUCUCCACGCACACUAGCCGGAUUUGCGCUAGACAUUGCCUGCGGCAUGGAGUACAUAGCUGGACGUAGAAUUGUGCAUCGCGAUCUCGCGGCACGCAACGUCUUGCUCGAUCACAAUGGCAUGUGCAAGAUCUGUGAUUUUGGCAUGUCCAUUGAUCUGGAUGCAGAGCGCAUGCGCAAGGAGCAGGAGAAGAAUGCAGCCAACGACAUUUUGCGCAGCAAUGCGCAAAAGUUCAAGUUCGACUUUGGCAGUCGCUACAUACUGCAGCAUUGGCAGCACACCUUUGGCCAAACAGCCGCAGGCAAUUGCUCCAAGGAUGCGACGCAUUCGGAGAAGAAGGCGCAUGGCCACGAUACCAUUGGCAAGCGACAUGCGCUGCCCAUACGCUGGAUGGCGCCGGAGAGCUUGCAGUUCCACAUGUUCACCACCGAGACGGACAUCUGGGCCUUUGGCAUUGUGCUCUGGGAAAUAGCCACGCUGGGCUCCACGCCGUAUUCCCAUUUAACGGGACGCGAGGUUAUACGCCGGGUGCCGCAGGGACUGCGUCCUGAGCUGCCAAAAGAGAGUCGCCACGAGUUCUACAAUCUGAUGUCGCGCUGUUGGCACAAGGAGCCGCAUAUGCGUCCCUCGUUUGCCCAGUCGCGACUGGAGAUCACACGUUCGCUGCACAAGUGGGUCGAUGAUGAUUCGGCCGCUUCGGAUUACAUGGAUGUGAGCGGAUUCAGUGAGGAUCUCGAGCAUGGAGUUGUCUACUUCAACCACCGCAUCUCAGAGUUUGAAUGCGAAAUAUGACGUUGACUGAAUCACCCCUCCCAGCCCCAAAUCACCAUUCAUCUGCACACCACGUCGCCAUUGCCCACCAACUAAUCUCUAGUACAUCAGGUUCAUCACAGCAUCGGCAUCCGCAUCAGCAUCAACAUUACUCCUUUGCAUCUCGAUCCAUUCCAAAUGCAAUUUUAAUUUUCAACAACUAUGUCGAAAUUCGCGUGCUUGUCGAGCAGUAUUAUUUGUAUCUUGUAUCUUUAUUUUCCUGUUUUUUUUUUAGUUUCGAUUCGUUGCGUUUCGAUUUCGGUUUUUGCCAGCGGCUUUGAGAGCUCUUUUGUAAAUAUUUGAUUUGCAUUUGUUUUGCAAAUGUUUAUUAUGAUUUAACAUUUAGGAAUUGUAUUUUAAUUACAAAUUUGGCGCUAUUUGUGCUUAGUUGAUAUUAGUCACUUAGUUCUUCUAGUCUGUAUCUAAAAAAUAUAUCUUCAAAUUGAGCCGAUUUCGUUAUCGUAGCACACACACAUACACACACACGAUUUAGUUUUUGGUCUAUUAUCCUAUUGCAUAGGCUUUAAUCUUAUUGAUAUCGAUAUAGCAAUACACACAUAAUUGUACAAAUAAAUUAAUUUAACACAAGAAAUAUAAUAAUUAUAUUAUUUAC